AUGGGCUCCUCGUCGCCGUUUCAAGAUAAUUCCGACCUCGACUCAUUGUUGGAUCCGGUGCAGAAGUUCUUGGGCCGCCUCGACCGAUCUGUGAAGGAUCCACACGCGAUACCCUUCCAUGUGCAACAUUGGAACCCAGUUUACAAGUCAAUCCGCAAGCAUUGUCCCGCGCUCGAACCAUACGCCGACGAACCUCUCAUCGUCUUGGCCGUGCAACCCUUCCUGCCCCCCUUAACCCAAUCUUUACUGGUGUCAUGGGUAAAUGGGUCGACAGCGCAGUACUUUCAUUACCACUGGCCGUUGCGCCUGCGCUCGCCGAAUUUCGUGGAGGCUGCCUUAGUGAUGAUUGCUCUCUAUGUGUUUGAAAUGCUCGUCAAUCCUCCACUGGAUCGGACUGAUGUUCGUCUAGUGGACGACUUCAAGAGCCUUAUCGAUGGCCAAUGGGUAUGGUGCCGGAAAGAGCUCGUCUAUCGACUCACUUGGUCAUUAACCAACGUUCUUAUGACCGAAGUUGAGGAUUCAGGUGGCUCUCCCCACGUGAAAUUUCUGUCUACAAUUUUGAAGAAUCUCUUCAAACCGGAUCCGAAUGUCUACAAACAGAAUAAGAAUGACUCGUCACUUUGCACUCGAUUUUGGAAAGCACGAUUCCAAGGACAAUCGUGCCAGGAAGCCUUUCUUCAUGUCCAGAACUGGGUUGCCUCGCCUUAUCGCGGUUAUCCCCCUGCCUUUGGGUUAUCACAGCAGUCGACGACCACAGGCGACGAACCACUAAUGUCGGACUCUUUUAAACCGCGUGUGCCACAUCGCUCCGAGGUCAAACCCAUGUCGAUUGAAAGAUGA